AUGGACGGAAACGAGCGAGGAAACGAUGUGGUCAGGCAGGUGAGCAGCGGGCAAAAUUAGGAAAGAUGGGAAAAAUUUAUUAAUUUAAUGAAUCACUCGAAAACAUUGCCUCUCAUUCCAGGGUUUCAUCUGUCCGUUCUGCAUGGAAGACUUCGGAGAAUACGAACGGCUCAUUUGCCACGUGGAAGAAGAUCAUCCGGAAGAGGACAGCAGCGACCUGGCCGGCAUGUUUGUGUCGAAUGUGAAGGGACUCUUCGAUAAAGCAAAACGAGGAAUUCAAAAGCUGGAAGCAAAGAAGAGCAUCGCCGACAUUGCCAGUGUAAGUGAACGAACGAAUGCAUCAAAAGAAGGGACCUCUGCAGAGCGUAGGAUCGGAAAUCGUCGAAACCACGGAAAAGCUGGUGGAAAGAGCUCCGUUGCCGAGAAUUCCGAAGCCGUUGCCACCGGAUGAGGUGUCGCCGGGCACGAAAAGAUCGCGAACGCACGAGUUCCUGUCCACGAGGGAGCUCAACAUCAAUGAGAUCGCCGUCAGAACAAACAUGCUAAUCAUCAGGCUGGACAGAUUAAUUCACGGAGCGCCGAAAGAUCCUGUGAAGAGAAAAGGUGUGUUGAGAAUGAGGAGUGAGAGAACUGAAGCACUUCUAGAGUUCGAAAGGGAGAUCGUGCCGUGGUUGGACGACGCGGAAGCCAUCUUCUGCCCGCUUUGCGCCGCCCGUUUCGGUCUCACCCGUCGACGACACCACUGUCGACUGUGCGGAAGAGUUCUGUGCCAUUCAUGCAGCAAGUUUCUCUCCUACGAGUCUGCCAGUACGUUCUGCUUCUCGGCUUCUCUCAAUAACUUCACAAAAAGUGUUCAGAAAUGCUCACCAGCACUUCGAAUCCAUUUGGAGAUAUCUUCAACAAAUCAGACGGAAAUCAACAGGAAGAGCAGAGUGAACAAAACGGAGAGAAAGAGGAAAACGGAAGAAGAUCCUUCUUUGCUAUCUCACAAAUUACCAAGGAGAGAAUGAAAAGAGCCAUGGCCGGGGCAGUGCAGAAGGUGCAUUCGGCAGCGACGGGAGAGGAACUGCUGGCGGGUGCACUCAACGAGCAGGAGAUGUCUGAGCACAUGAGAGUGUGCAGUGCGUGUCUGAGGGAUCUGCACAUGCGGGAGAGCCAGAUGGAGAAGAAGGAGCCGCCGAUCUUCGUGCAGCAGUACGAGCUGAUGCAGAAGAUGAUUGAAGAAGUUAAGAACCUUGUGCCAACGUAUGUGCGGAUUGCCAUCAGUCUCCAGUAAGCAUCUAUUCUACAAUAUUCCUUACUAAUUGUCUCCGUUUUCAGAAAUGGCGAGUCCGUAUAUUCUCAUAAAAACGGCGAAGAGCUACGAUCGAAAUGUUUGGAUAUUCAGAGACAAAUUGACGUUUUGAGUAAAAGAAUAGGCGACGGCGCGGACGAUCAGCCGGAGCAUUCGAUAGAAAGACGACUGAGAAAGAACAUCAGAGUGUCGGCGGUGCAUGCUCUUCAAGGGCUCAUCGGACAAUUGGAGUCCCUGCCGACGUCGGAAGAGUGUGCAAAACGGGCAGUGCAAAGGAAAGAGAAGAGAGUGAAAGAGUUCACGAGAGUGGACAGAACGGUUAUGAAGGUGGGUGUACUCUAGGCUGGUCGAACAGGCGCCUGAAAAAACAGGCGCCUGUUCGACCAGCCUAGUGUACUCUGUUCGUCAGUGACAAGAGGGAAUGCUUUCAGAUGUCGAACUCAAUGCCGCAGCUCAUGGAACAUCGUCAUCUGAACAGCACGAGCAGUGUUUCGUCGUUGGACGCACCGCCGCCUUUGGAGGAAAACUGGACAGCCGAGGAGAACGAUCUGUACGUCCGCUUCAGGUUAAGACAUCGGAAUGCGUUCAGUUCCAGAAUAUUCGAGCCGAUGUCCGUGGAAGCUGACACAAUCGAGGCCGAUCAUCCGCUCUAUGACCAAAGAGAACAGCUCCGCAAGUUUCUUUUCCAAGCAGCUUCCACCGGAAAGCUCGACGAGAUGGACAUUCUGGAGCGAAGUCUGAAGGAGAUCGAGGAAGAAAUGCUUCGUCUCGGACUGCCCUGCUAA